AUGCCUUCAGAAGCUUCGGCUGUUGACAAAAGUUUAGUGGAUUCCAGUGAAGUGACUUCGUUGACAACCACUGACGUCGAAAAUGAUGUCGUAUCUUUACUAGUCGUGCCUUCUUUACUAAAGGAUUUGGUGGAAUAUUCUAUUGUCGAUGCUACACUUCCUGAGACGGUAGACGUUGACGACAGCUCCAAGGAUUCCAUCGAUGAGUCUGUGCUCAGUGUCAUUGACAUCGAAUGA